AUGGCGAGUGAGAGCAGCUCAGCGGUGCUGGAGCUGAACGACGCUGAUGCUGAAGACACGGAGGCCACCACCGUGACUGAUGAUGCUCAUGAGGGAGUACCAUUGAUUAUGGAACACGGAUAUGACAUCGCUGUUAAGGUGGACGCACCGAUGAAGCAGUUGUCGACGUUAGAGACGUUCGUGACGUAUAGAGUGCGCUGUGUGUGCGCUCGGUGGCCGACACCGCCUUAUGUACGGAGGCGAUACAAUCAUUUCAAGGUCCUCCACCGUCGGCUGAGUACGUCUCACCCCCUUCUCGCCCCCCCUCCGCUCCCCCCGCUACACUCUGCACGACAACAGCUCGACAGAUACUCGCCAUCAUUCGUCGCUCUACGGACCUGUGCUCUUAAUGCUUUCUUGGAACGAGUAGCGAAGCAUCCAAUUCUGACACACAGUGAAGAUUUCAGAAUAUUUCUGACUACACCCGAUGAUGAAUUGGAAAAGGUGUUUAAAAGCGAAAAUAGCGCGCUAAACUUGUGGGGGUUCAGCAGCGCCCUCUACGGCUCCGGUGAAACGAAAACUACGAAUGGACCACGAGUAAAAGACCCAGAGUUCACGUCAGCAGCGGACUACCUACAGUCUCUCCAACAGAAGCUGAGCACCCUCUGUUCCCUGACGACCAAGUUACACAAGAGCUCGCUCGCACUCAGCACUGAGUACACCGCAAUGAAACGCGCCUGCGACGCUUGGACAUCCCAAAGUUCGGGUCUAACGGCGCGGGGGACGGCGGGGUGCGCCGCGGGGGCGGCAAGGGCGGGAGGUGCGGGGGGCGGCCCGGGGGGACGACCCCCUCUACAGUCGAGGGCACUACUACCUUUACUAGCAGCAUACGCAGCCGCUCAUGUACAGAAGAUAUCGCAAAGGGAUCAGAUACAUGCUGCAUACGUUGCGGGGACCAAUACUACAGAUGAUCUGCAUAACAGGUUAGAACAAGCGUCCGAAGCUCUCCGAUCCGAACUAUCAGACUGGAUACCAAAAACUAGAUCAGAAAUCAAAGCCCUACUCUAG